AUGGAUCAAGAAAACAAGUUGAUCCACAGCACCUCAACAUGGAAGACGAGAAACCCCACUUGCCAUAUUCAAACUUCAUUGUCCCUUCAGCAAAAUGAUCACAGACUCAAGUGCAACUCUUCCUAUAAAACAAGCAAUGAUGAUGGUGAUGAGAGCAAAGAGAAAGAGAAUAAUGAGAAUGGUACUAGGGUUGAGGAGAUUACAGGGCGUGAGAGGUUGAAGAGGCAUAGAGAAGAAGUGAAGGGAGAGGUUAAGAUACCAGAAAAUUGGGAGAAGGAACCGAAGCUGAAGGAAUGGGUUGAUUAUACAACGUUUAAUGCAUUAAUAUCUGUUCCUCAUGCAUUGAUUGUUACUGCUCGUGAUGCGCUUAUUGAUGAUGUACGUAAAUCAAGAUCACAAAGACUAAGGAUCCAUCACUAG